GACUGAACACAGAAACUCACCAUGGAGUCUGGGCUGAGCUGGGUUUUUCUUGUUGCUCUGUUACAAGGUGUCCAGUGUGAGGUGCAGCUGGUGGAGUCUGGGGGAGGCUUGGUCCAGCCUGGGGGGUCCCUGACACUCUCCUGUGCAGUGUCUGGAUUCACCGUCAGCAGCUAUGACAUGAGCUGGAUCCGCCAGGCUCCAGGGAAGGGGCUGGAGUGGGUCUCAUACAUCUAUAGUAGUAGUAGCACAUACUACGCAGAUGCCGUGAAGGGCAGAUUCACCAUCUCCAGAGACAACAGCAAGAACAUGCUGUCUCUGCAAAUGAACAGUCUGAGAACCGAGGACACGGCCGUGUACUACUGUGCGAGAGACACAGUAGGGGACAUCAGUGUCCAGUGUGAGGUGCAGCUGGUGGAGUCUGGGGGAGGCUUGGUCCAGCCUGGGGGGUCCCUGAGACUCUCCUGUGCAGCCUCCGGAUUCACUUUUGAUGACUAUGCCAUGCACUGGGUCCGCCAGGCUCCAGGGAAAGGGCUGGAUUGGGUCUCUGUUAUUAACUGGAAUGGUGAUUACAUAAACUACGCGGACGCCGUGAAGGGCCGAUUCACCAUCUCCAGAGACAACAGCAAGAACUCGCUGUAUCUGCAAAUGAACAGUCUGAGAGCCGAGGACACGGCCGUGUACUACUGUGCGAGAGACACAGUGAGGGGACCUCAGUAUCUGCACCCGCACCUGCCCCACGUGGAGGAGGAAAUCCACCCACUGUCGCUGCAGCCAGCUGCCAUGGAGCUGAGUGCCCAUCAGUGCAGGAAAGGCGAGAACACUCGAGUGUGGGACUGA